AGUGGUACUUACUGGGGACGGUAACACGGACUUCCUCAAUAGGGGAGUCAUCCUCCUCGUUCAAUUCAAGCUGACCCUCGACAUCAUCGUGAUGGGGCUUCUCGGAUUCGUACUCGUAUUUCUCGUGGGUAGCUUCUUCCUUAUCCAUGUUGGGAAUAGGGAGGUCCAGGGGAGAAGGUGUGAGGGAAAGGAAGGGGAAAUGGUGGUGGUGCGAGCGGACUUUGGUUCACGACAAAGAAGAAAGAAAAAAGAAAGAAAAGGGCGGCAGGGUGCUGGCGAUAGCGAGGUCUUUAUACACUUUGACCACAGAAAGUGGAAAGCUCUUGCGCGUGUAUCUAUUGUUUUGAUUGAUGGCAGGACUAGUGCCGGUGGCAUAUGCAUACAGUUGCAUGCAACAAACAACAAGCGAUAGAUAGAGUGCACAACGCCGUGGAUGUUCAGGCAGGUGCAGGCUGCAGUGUCCUGAAAAUCAUUGUUUCUCAAGGCCUGGGUGGUUCGAUUGAAGCGAGGACAAGUGUGGCCUAGCGAGGGGGUCAGCGAGGGCGCUUAGUCUAUGCGCUUUGAGGGACGAAAAAUACAGUUUCCAUGAUAUGUAGCAUGA